AUGUCGCGCAAUAAACAGCCAUUGACCGCGGCGACUGCGAAUCCCAAUGCUGCCUCUGCCGCCGCCGCCGUCUUCAAGCGCAAUGAAGCUCAGCAAGCCUCGAACCUGUCGGCCGCUGCCGCCGCCGCCGCCCUCCGUGCCCGACCCAUCACUCCGACCAAUGUCGCCGAAAUCCAGACGAAGCGCACCGUUCGGCGCAGUGCCUCCGUGGCAUCCACACGUACGAACCCCGAUACCCGCGGAAGACCAAACCUACGGCGCAGUGGGAGCUCGAGCUCCAUGACCGAACGUACCUUUCGAAGCCCCAGUCCACACCGACCCGAUAGCAGAAACUCCAGACGUCGCCAGUCUCAGUCCAUCGAAGAGCUACCCCCUGUUCCAGCAUUGCCCAAGAGUGUGGCCACGACCGUUGGAAUGACGGGGACGAGCGCGGCCCAGAAGAGUGCGCACCGCAGAACACAAAGCCUGGGCGUCGAACGCGCCCCAUCACAGAAACUGGGGACGGACGAUGGCCCAGCUUGGUUUGGGCCCGCAAAGGUGGGAGACCUGUCAAGCGUUCGGAAAACGGAUUUCGCAAUGGCAAGCCCUCCAUCGAGUCCACCCCAGAUUGCGGUGCAUCAGGAAGAUCGGCCUGAAAGUCGGGCGUCAUCCAUCAACUUCUCGUAUCCAGCCCGGGUUAGGGUCGGCUCACCGCCAGUAUCCCCGGCUGAUACCCGCAGCACCACCGACUUUCCGGCCCAAGAUUCCCAAUCGGCGGUCCAGCCCCAGCGGUCAAGGGGUUCCCUAUUAUUAGAGGCGGGGACCCCAUCCUCCACUCGACCGCGAGCUUCCUCCGCCUCCGCCGCUGACCAAACAUUGGUCUACGAUCCCAACUCCCGCCGGAUGAUCAGACGUUCCGACCUCCUCGCCGUUGAACACGCCAUCGUAGCAGCAUCGCAGCAACCUACUCGUUCCAAGAAGAAGAAGCAUCCACCCAAGGCUGGGCAACACCUCGCACAAGGCACCGUGGGUCGUACUAAGAGUAACGUCCCAACAAGCGACCAGACCGGUAAUACCGGCACCGCUAUCACGACAAGGACAGCUCCACAGGUACAAGCACCAGCCCCUGUUCAACAAUUACCAGCAGCACAAGUCUCGCGACAGGAGACUCAAGAACGGUCACCCUCACGAUCUCCCGUAAUUUCUCCAGCUACCCAACCACAGCCGACUGAACAACCACAGGAAGAGGACUCGGACGUCGAAGAAGAGGAAGAAGUCAUCACCGAUCACCAUCACCCAACAACAUCAACACCAAUGGUCGUAACUAAGGAUGGUCGCCCAAUGGUGAGGAGGUUGCCAUCCAUUGUGAGGGAGGAGCCGGAGGAAGAGUCAGAGUCAGAUGAGGCAAACACAUCGAGGGGCUCUAGUGCUCUCGACUCGAUACCAUCUCGACAGAGGAUAGUCUCGCAUACCCGCUCGCAAUCAGAACAACAUCCAAUACAGUCAUCUUCCCAAGCUAGUCAACUACCAAUACGGGCAGCUUCAGUGUCUCAGAGAAAGAACCAACCUCACCGGGCUUCAUCAAUAAGCCCUGCUCGACAAGCACACUUUGGACCUGUUCAGGAUACUCUAACUGUUAGGCAUUCACCACCACCCCGAUCAGUCUCCCCACGAAAGUCGGCUCUAAAACAGACCAGCCCCGCCCGCGGCCCAUCGCCCUCGGAUCUCUCGUCGGAAGCCUCAUGGAGUACAGACCGGCCCGUGAAACGGAAGAAGUCCGUGCGUGUAAGCUUCGAUGAUGAAACCCAACCAGCCAUCACCGUCGCCGAACCUGCCCCUAAGGAGCGAUCGAUCUCACCACCUUUGGCUAGCCCUACCGGUAUCCGUCGAUGGGCAAACGUGGACUUGUCGGCAACACUCGAUGAUGAGGAGACUAUGAAGCCACGGCCGGCGCUUCCCAGCUUUGGCAGUGUGAGGAAUGUCAGGAAGCCACAGUUACAGGAAGCGAAAGAAGAUGAACGACCGCUUCGACCGAUAGGAGAUGUUUCUUACACUGCGCCAUACACAACGCCACUUCCCCUGAGUCCUGUAGCUGAAAGUUUUGCGCAAAGCAGUGACCAUGCUAUAGGUGGCAUGCUGCAAAGGGAACGCGAGGAACGGGUACGAAGUCCAGCUAAUAUCUCACGGUUUAGAGAGCCGCUUCCACCGGUGAUUACGUCGGUGGAGGGAGGUGGAUAUGCUAGCGAUGACAGUGACGGGUCGACCAGUCUUGCGUCCGAGAUGACAGGCAGCUUAUACGACUAUCCGAGUUUCAUGGAUCCGCCACCACAGCCGCGCCGCAACUCGCUAUCUUCACCACAAGUAUCUCCAGUCAAGACGGCCUUUCAGAAUGGCAACACCCCCGCUAUCCACUCAAUGUUUACUCAGGAGGAAGCUCGGCGACGGAAUAGUGCUCCGAAUAUCCCGGUUAUCUCCUUGACGCAGCCAACUCCCCCAGUGAGCCAGAACGACACGCCCAAGUUCUUUGUGGAAGUCCCCGGUGGGUUUCCCGAAGACUCGGAUACGUCCAAGAGUUCGGCCACUGGUGUCGAACAAGCUACUGGACAACAGACAACAGGCACUCAAUCACAGCCGGUUUCGGAAAGCGAGUCGGAUGACUCAAGUGUAUACGCUGAUGCCUAUGAGGAUCUUUCCGAGGCUGAAGGGGAGGGCUUUCAGUCACUCAAUGCUGUUUUGGACUUUCCUGGAGCCAACAACUCCUACCAACAAGAUACAUCUGACACUCCGUCGCCUCUCGAUCCGCCACGAAGUCUUGUACCUGCACUUUCGACCGCCACGACCGCCAUUGGGUCUCACUCCGGAGAGUCGCCUCAAGAGGACGACUGGGAGCGGGCCAAGGCUUACUGGAGGAGUCUUACAGCUGAGCGACGAGCACAGCUGGAAUGGGAAGCCAAGGAGGAUGCCGGGAUCGAAGGUGACAGGGAAGAAAUGAGCGCACCGGUAGAGAAGCCUAGGAGGAAGAAGUCGGUUGAGAGGAGGAACUCCGAGAGGCAGGCUUUGGCUGUGCAAAUGGCUCGUCAGAUGAUGCUUGAGCAGCAACGACAACAGCAACAGCAACAACAACAACAACAACAACAACAACAACGGCAACAGAAGCAGCAGUCGCGUCAGGAGGAACAACCCCGGAAGAAGAACACCAAGGGGAAGGCAAAGGAAGCGGCCGCCCCUGCCCCUGCGCCAGCUCGCGUGAUCCCCGAUCGUACCUAUCAGAUCAAGCCAGGCACCAAGUGGGAGGAGCCUGAAGUUCCCGUAGCACCGAUGGCAUCGACGAUGACGAUGCGAACUACUAUGCGCAGUGCGCCUCCUCAACCCAAGGCUGCCCCCGUGAACGAUGGACCUCGACUCCGCAAAUCCCUGCGCUCUGAGCCUCCGGCCGACCGCCGAGCAUCUUACCCAGAUCCCGGUCCGGUCCCUGCAACAUCUCAACUCACGAAACGAGAACGUCGUGCAGCUUCGGAGACUCCGGCUCCGGCUCCGGCUGCGACUCCCCGAACCUCUACAAUCCGCCUAGCAAGCACACAUCAGUCACACAUUAAGCGCCGCGGCUCUACCAGCAGCGAGAGCAGCUUCAAGCGAGCCCGUGCUAGUUCAGCCGGCGGAGGCCUUUCUGCUGGCGGCUUCCCGAAAUCACUCCGUCCGAACUCGCCAGCUGCUGGAUCCGUAGAUAGUCGCGGAAGUGGCACUAAGCUUCUCACCUCUUUGCGAGCUAUGACGCCUACCAACUCAAACUCUAAACUUGACACGCCACCCUCUAGCAGGGGGACUAUGGGUUCCGGCACAGGUAUGGGUAUGGGUAUGCGCACCACGCUGCGUGACUCUGCGGCGAACAUUGGUGGAAGGAGAAGUCCCGGUGGCAUGAAGAUGCCUACACUGGGAAAGAAGGGAGGCGCUGAUAAGAAGAAGAGGACGUCGACUGGAACUAGGUUCUCCAGCCGGUUCGGAGAUUCGAGCGAUGAGGAGGAUGCCGGGAGUUCCAGCAGAUUUAAAAGCCGUUUUGACGAGUCGAGUGAUGAAGACGAGGUCGUGCCGCCGGUACCGGCGGUUCUAUCCGGAUUGAAGGGUUCGACUUCGGCGCCUGCAGCUGCUGCUGCUCGGAGUAUGGCCUUGGGCACUAUGCGUGACAGACAGGUGUCGAUUGUUGAAGAGGAGGAAGGGCGAUAUGUUAAUAGUAAUGGUAAUGCGCGUGGUAGCGUUGGAUCCCUUGGUGGUCAUCACAAAUUGUCGAAGACGGCGAGACUCGGUUCUGCAAUCGCGCCUCCGCAAGCCGACAACGACGCGGCAGCUGGAAACGAAGAACUUCGCCGUACCCGCUCCGGGCGCGGUCAGAUCUUGCCUACAUCUCAGACGGCUCCUAAUGUUCAGACUUCGGAAAUUCCCGCCGCCGCCACUACCGAGCAGCACCGCCCUAAGCGAGGCCUGAUGUCCGUUUUCUCGCGUAAGAAGCAUCACCAUCAACACGUCCAGGAAGGUGCCGACGCCAUCGCUCGCCCGGAAGCCCCAGUGGAGAGUGCUGCGAGGAGAGACUCCAAGCUAGAACGGAGCAAAGCCGAGUUACAAGGGCUGAGGAACCAAGGCCAAGUCGAUCAGGAUCAGGAAGUCGAUGUUGCCGAGGAAAGGUUGCGGACUCCCGCUACCAUCGACACCAUGACCACCUCUGAUAUCAGCCCCAGAACCCAGCCUCAUCCCCGACUCCAAAAACGGGGAUCCAGAAUGCCUAGCUUCUCCCUCCCCGGCCGAAGCGAAAAAGCAUCCCCGCCACCAGUCGAAGAGACCAUGAACGGAGGCGGCAUCCCUAUGCCGGGAUUUAUUAGGAGAUCCGGCACCACCACUGAUGUCAGAAGUGGAAGUCUCGGCACGAGGUCCAUCAGCGGUGGAUCUGGUUUUGCCCCGACGAAUGGUGGUCCGUUUGCUGCUACUGCUUCUGCUGCUGCUGUUGCUCCAGGACUGGGUCCUAGGAGGGCAAGUACCGCUACUGCUUUGUCCGCAGCUACGGGCGCUGAGACGGCACUGCCUGAGAACAGGUCUGAAACACCUACCGGCGAGAAGGCAAAGAAAAAGAAGUUUGGUGGUGCUUUGAGAAGGAUGUUUGGACGGUCGGAUAACAAUAACGGUAGCGGGUAG